AUGGUUGGGCUAUUGAAUCCGAUGAAGAGGCUGAUUGUGGUGGUGGUUUCACUGCUGACGAUUGUGGGUGUUCUUUACAAGUUAUCCAAGACGUCUGCCCCUGAUCUUCAAGAGGUUCUGAAGCAGAUUCCAAAUGAAAACAUGCUUGGGUUGAGCUCCAAUAGGGAGAACCAGCUUGCGGAUAGGCUUGAGCAGAUCGCCGACAGGCUGGUGAAACAACAGGACGAGCGUAUCUCACAGCUGGAGGCUGAUCGUAAAGUUCUCGAGAAGAAGAUCCAAGAGUUGCGUCGUCCUCCUGCUGAUUCUACCUUGAGGGAGAAGCUGGCAUUCUUGUUCCCGUACGACCAGAGCAAGAAGUUCCCUGCUUAUAUCUGGCAAAGUUGGAAGUACGGUCUGAAUGAUGAUAGAUUUGGGGAGAAGUUCAAAGAAGGUGAGAUGCAGUGGGCUGUUAAGAACCCUGGUUUUGUCCAUGAGCUGUUCAACGAUGAUACCUCACAUGCAAUCAUUCACUAUCUAUACGUGACAAUCCCUGAAGUGAUUGAGGCCUAUGAAGCCUUGCCUUCGAUUGUGCUCAAGAUGGACUUCUUUAGAUAUCUGUUGUUGCUUGCACGUGGUGGAAUCUAUGCAGAUGUUGAUACCUUACCUCUCCAGCCAGUGCCAAAUUGGAUUCCUGAGAACGUUUCUCCUAAUGAAAUCGGCAUGAUAAUCGGUAUUGAAUCGGACCCUGAUACCCCUGACUGGAGAAAGACCUAUGCAAGAAGAUUACAAUUUUGUCAAUGGGUCAUUCAAGCCAAACCUGGACACCCAAUCUUGAGAGAAGUUGUUGCAAAGAUCACAGAGAUUACAUUACAGAAGAAGAACAAUGAGGAAUUAGUAGUUGAUAACAACUUGGACAUCCUGGAAUGGACCGGUGCCGGUAUUUGGACCGAUGUUGUGUUUACCUAUUUCAACGAUUAUGUUCAAAGUGGUAUCUUCUCCAAAAUCACAUGGAAGGAUUUCACAAAGCUUACAGUUCCAAAACUGAUGAGUGAUAUCCUCGUUUUACCAAUCACGAGCUUUAGUCCUGGUAUUGGUACCAUGGGGGCUCAGGACGAAGACCAUCCUUUAGCAUACGUUAAGCAUUAUUUCGAAAACAUCUGGAAGAACAGUUGA